AUGGACAAGACAAAGCGCAGAACUCAGGUGACAAAAACUCAAAGAGGUGAAGGUCCUGACAAGGCUAGAGCCAAACAGAGGGAUGGAUCCGGGGAGGGAAAUGGGCGUGAUGCCACGGAAUGCAUUGCGCUUGGUGAUGCAAUACACCGAGUGCCACCCCGAUUGUGCAUGCGAUAUUCCC